CAACAGAAGAAAAAAAUGGAGCAAGAGAUUCCCGUAGGGUUUCGUUUUUAUCCGACGGAAGUUGAGCUGAUUUCGUUCUACUUAAGAUACCAGCUUCACGGAGGAAAUGCUACAAUUCACAGUCUCAUACCCAUCCUCGAUGUGUUUAGCGUUGAGCCUACUCAACUUCCAAAUCUUGCGGGAGAGAGGUGUCGAGGAGACGCAGAACAAUGGCUUUUCUUCGUGCCAAGACAAGAGCGGGAAGCUAGAGGAGGAAGGCCGAGCAGGACCACUGGUUUAGGUUACUGGAAAGCAACUGGUUCACCAGGGCCUGUGUUCUCGCCUGAUAAUCGUGUAAUCGGAGUUAAGAAGACGAUGGUUUUCUACAUCGGGAAAGCACCUACGGGGAGAAAGACAAAAUGGAAAAUGAAUGAAUAUAAAGGAAUUGACGAAACAGCCAUAUCUACCAUUCCUAAGUUGAGGCACGAGUUCAGUGUCUGUCGAAUCUACAUAAAAUCAGGAAGCUCAAGAGCCUUUGACAGACGCCCCACGGAAGCUUAUGCCAUAGAGAGAAAGCUUCCUCGACUUGGAAUUGAGACAUCAUGUCGUGCUACUGCUACAGAAAGCAACUCUGAGAUGGUUGAUGGGCUACCACAACUCCGAGAGAGAAAGUUUCCUAAGAAUGGUGUUGAAUCAUCAUCAUGUGCCAAAAUGACAAACUCACAGGAAACAUCGUAUUCAGGAGGAGGGGACCAGGUUCAGUUACCCGUGAAUGCUACUACUAUACAAAGCAUUCCAGAGAGUUUUGAUGGGCUUUCACAACUCCGAGAGAGAAAGCUUCCUUACAAUGGAGUUAAGACACCAUCAUGUGCCACACUAUCAACCUCACCGGAAACUUCAUAUUCAGGAGGAGGAAACCAAGUUCAGUUGCCCGUGAAUGCUUCUACUACACAAACCAUUUCCGAGAUGGUUGAUGGGCUAUCACAACCCUUUUGGGAGUGGGAACAACUAAAUUGGUCUUAAACCUAUUAAGUUGCAUCUUAUACCUACGUCCUAUAUUUUUAGUUGAUAAAGAUUCUAGACUAGGGAUUUAUCCACGAUUAACUCAGAGAACUUAUUUUUAUUAGAUAUAUUUAAAAUUUGUUUUUAUUUUGGAAAUGUUUAUGUGAAC